CACUCGCGGUGUGCUGCCCCGGGAGCCCUUCCCCGAGUGCACGUGGAGCGGGGCUUGGCUGGGGUCGCCACGUCUACCGGAGCCAGGUCUGUCUCAGCCGAGCCUUCAGUACCAUGGGCCGCAAGUUGGACCCUACAAAGAAGGAGAAACGUGGCCCUGGCCGAAAGGCCCGAAAACAGAAGGGUGCAGAGACUGAACUGGUCAGAUUCUUACCUGCAGCUGGCGAUGAGAACGUCAAGAGGCUGUCCAGUCGUGCUCGGAAGAGGGCGGCCAAGAGGAGGUUGGGGUCUGUUGAAGUCCCUAAGCCAAAGAAGUCUCCUGGGAUCAAAACAUUGCCUGGAGAGCUAUCAAAGGGAGCAGUCCAGGCUCGGGGUAAGAAGCGCCCAGCACCAGUUCCAAACAGUGACGGGGAUGAGGAGGACGACACCGAGGAGGACGGCGUGGUGAGCCAGGGAGACCUUUGGGGCUCUGAUGACAGUGACGCCGAUCUGGUGGAUGACUACGGAGCUGACUCUGACUUAGAGGAUGAAGAGAAAAAGUUGUUGCCCAUUGAGAGAGCUGCUCUGAAGCAGAAGGCCCAGGACACUGCGGCUGGGGGUCAGUGGAGUGAAGAGGAGACUGAUGAAGAGGAAGAUGAUGAAGUUUCCCCUGAGUCCCACCCCAAGAAAGACGACAAAGCAGAGAGGGAUUUGCAGAUUAAUGUGGAAGAUGAGCAAGACUCUGUGCUGCCCCCUGCUGGGGAGAUGGAGCAGGAUACCCAGGCUCCAGACCUGCAGCGGGUUCACAAGCGGAUACAGGAUAUAGUGGGAGUGCUUCGAGAUUUUGGGGCUCAGCGGGAAGAAGGUCGGUCUCGUUCUGAGUAUCUGAAUCGGCUUCAGAAGGAUCUGGCCACUUACUAUUCUUACGGAGACUUCCUGCUCGGCAAGCUCAUGGAGCUCUUCCCUCUGUCUGAGCUGAUAGAGUUCUUAGAAGCUAAUGAGGUGCCCCGGCCAAUCACCCUUCGGACAAACACCUUGAAAACCCGUCGCCGAGACCUUGCUCAGGCUCUAAUCAAUCGUGGGGUUAAUCUGGAUCCGUUGGGAAAGUGGUCAAAGUCUGGACUUGUGGUAUAUGAUUCUUCGGUGCCUAUUGGCGCUACUCCCGAGUACCUGGCUGGGCACUAUAUGCUGCAGGGCGCCUCGAGCAUGUUACCUGUCAUGGCCCUGGCACCUCAGGAGCAUGAGCGGAUCUUAGACAUGUGCUGUGCUCCUGGAGGGAAGACCAGCUACAUAGCUCAGCUGAUGAAGAACACGGGUGUGAUCCUCGCCAAUGAUGCCAAUGCAGAGCGGCUCAAGAGUGUCGUGGGCAACCUGCACCGGCUGGGCGUCACCAACACCAUCAUCAGCCACUAUGAUGGGCGCCAGUUCCCCAAGGUGGUGGGGGGCUUUGACCGAGUGCUGCUGGAUGCUCCUUGCAGUGGCACAGGAGUCAUCUCCAAGGACCCUGCUGUGAAGACGAACAAGGAUGAGAAGGACAUCUUGCGCUGUGCCCACCUUCAGAAGGAACUGCUGCUCAGUGCUAUAGACUCCGUCAACGCAGCCUCCAAGACCGGAGGCUACCUGGUGUACUGCACCUGCUCCAUCACGGUGGAGGAGAAUGAGUGGGUGGUAGACUAUGCCUUGAAAAAGAGGAACGUGCGGCUGGUGCCCACCGGCCUGGACUUUGGCCAGGAAGGCUUUACCCGCUUUCGAGAAAGGCGCUUUCACCCCACGCUGCGCUCCACCCGGCGCUUCUACCCUCACACUCACAACAUGGACGGUUUCUUUAUUGCCAAGUUCAAGAAAUUUUCCAAUUCUAUUCCCCAGCCCCACACAGGAAACUCGGCAGCAGCCACCCCUGCGGAGCCUGAGCUGAAGGAUCAGGUGAUCCUAAAGUCUGAGAACAAUAGUCAGCCCUCCAAGAAAGCCAGUGGGGCUGCAAAAGCAAAGCAGCACUCAGCGAAACAGCAACAUUCUAAGACGCCCUUCCAGAAGGUGAAUGGUGUCUCCAAAGGGCCAGGCUCAGAACUGUCCACAGUACCUUCUGUCCCAAAGGCCCAGGGGUCCGCCAGGCCCCAGGAGAGCAGCCAGCCUGAUGGAAAAGCUAAUGUGAUGAAAUCAAAGAUGGCUGGGAAGCCAAAGCAAUGGGGAGCUAAAUUGAAGAACCCCAAGGAAGCUGCUUUCCCAAAGCAGAAUGCCCCUCCCAUGGCCUUGGACUCAGAAACAGCGGUCGUGCCCGCCCCCUCUGAGAUUUGUACUGCCCCAAGUCCUAAGGACUGUGGUCAGUCCCCUGGGAAAGCCAAAAAGAAAGUAAAGCCUGCCAAGAGAGCUGCUUCCCUGAAAGAGGAUGGUGCCCCCACGGGGCCCUCAGCCCUUGCUGCGUCUCCCCACACUUCCACCAGGCCCCCCCCAGCAAAGAGGAGGAAAUCUGUGACAAAGGGCAGCAGCCAGCCCCCAGUGGCUUAAAUAGACUCGGAAACUAGACUGCUGCCUCACUGACACUGUUUCGGGUUGGAACUCUACAUCCUUCUGCAAGGAUGGCCUUGCUAUGCACACAUAUGAAAUUUAAUAUACAUGUUACCACCCUUG